GUAGUCAGAAGUGGUUAGCAGCAGCACCAUGAGCAGCACUUAGCACCAGCAGGUAUGCCACAAGGGAAAGGUGAACCUGUGCACUGUUUCGUGGAAGUCAUGGAUUUCUCUCAACUUUCCUAACAAACUAGCGAUCACAUUAACAGAAAGAAAAAUGUCUCGGAGCCAGCACUUCGGUCUACAGUCAGCCACUAUGGUGCAACCGUCUAAUGGAGGGCAUACAUACCUGUUCACAAACAGCUGCUCAGAGAACGACCUGUCGGAGGAAGAUAGUGAGAACUACGAGCUGCGGCCCCGAGGUCGAGAGCGAUUACGUAGGAGUACUUCUCGAGAAAAGAUGGAUGAUAUUGUGUAUCUGAUUAGGGACAUUCAGGAGGGAGAUACACUCAAUAGUAUUGCUCUUCAAUACCAUUGCACGGUUGCUGAUAUUAAACGUGCCAACAACCUUUUGAAAGAACAAGACUUUUUUGCUCUUCGUUCAAUUAAGAUUCCAGUGAAGCGUUUUAGCAUUCUCACUGAGACCCACAUGAGUACACCAGCCCCAUCUUCCACACCUCCUGGUGGCAGGCACCAGCCUCAGAUCUCUGCUUCAACUGCCCUUCCUCUGGAGUCCUCCACAGACUCGUCCUCCUCUGCUGACAGUGUAGAGGGAUUUCUUCUGGAGAAGGAUAAAGACAUUGAGCGGCUAGUGAAGUCUACUAAUCCUUCACAGAGCAACCUCAAUCAGGUGGUGUCUUCUUUAACUCUUCACCAACAACAGCCUCUGCUGGAAGAAGUGGAGUACAAGCCAGCGCAAAGAAAGGAUCCAUAUUAUGGGGCAGAUUGGGGCAUGAGGUGGUGGACAGCUGUUGCCAUCAUGCUGUUUGUUGGCAUUGUUACUCCUGUGUUUUAUUUGCUGUACUAUGAGGUUCUUGUGAAAGCAGAUGUAAGCCACCACGGUAGUCCUACACAAACUAAUGGUGAUAUGCAUCAAGGACAUGGCAAAGUUUUGGACAUUAACCUAGACCUUAAUCAAGAUGCAGUGGCUGGUCCAAGGAACCCUGACAGAAAUGUUGAUGAACAAAAUGGACCAGCACUUCAUAAAGACAGAAAUGCCAAAGACUUAAAUACAUAACAUGAGCAGUCACACAGUGAUUGUGUCUAUAGUUUUAUAGCAUUCAAAAUGGACUGGAGAACUAGAGUUUAUCGUUAUGUGGGAAAUAAUGUUUUGGCCAUUUGCUGCCAGGACCUGCUUAUAGUGACUAUAAUUCAUAGUUUUGAUUCCAGGGCCAAAGGUGGGGACAUUUAACAUUUUGCCUUUUUUCAACAGUUUCACUUCUUACUUUUAAUGUAAAAUGUUUUCAUCCCAAAUCUGUUAAGAGAACUCUAAUGCCAGGUCUGACUGAAAGACUGCAUUACUUUUGUGUAUUGUAUUUUUGUUUUGUUUUACUCUGAUUGAUUAGAUGACAGUUUUGUUUAGUACAUGUGGACCAAUCUUCUGUAUACUUUAUUGAAAGGUAAAAUAUUUAAAUUAUAAUUAAUUUAUUACCAUUAUUGAGAGAUUAAUUCCAUCUCAUUUAAAACUAUCAGUAUUGAGUGAUUAUAGCAUAAGCAUGGGCCCACUUUCUUCUGCUGAAGUUUUUUGAACCUGAAAGCGUAGGAAAUUGGCGUGCAUACAGUAUUAAUAUACAGUUGUAAUUUUGCGAUUUCAAGUUUGUUUGUAGUCUUUUAUUUUAUCAAUGCUCAAAGUUAAUACUUUAUUAAAUAAUACAUGUUGACAGUUUGUGCCUUUUAUCCUGUAAAACUGUCCAGAUCUGAGAAUAUAAAUAAAUACUUUCACAAUUUCAAUGUUAGCAUUUGUAAACCUAUAUCUCUAUACAAAAAGGGAAAUCAUACCUGAGUAAAAUCUGUGAAUUUAAAGCCUUCUUGAGCAUGAUAAGGGAAUCUCUCUUCUACACUUGAUCCUCUAAUUUAACCUGGAAAUGAAAAUGGGAGAACUAGAAAUUCUCAAUACGUAGCUUCACCAUCCAUGUUGUCGUCACUAUCUGCAGCAAAGUCCUCUCCAUUGUCAAAAUAGCUUUCAAUGUAAUCAUUUUCCUAUAAUAGAAAAUACUGUUAUUGUUUAUAAAAAUGGCAUUACUUAUGAUAAAAAGUUAUAUCUAGUUCAAACCUCUUCAAUAUCCUCCUCAUCCACUUCC